CAGUAACCGGAUUCUAUUAGUCUUCUAGAUUCUUCUUUGGCCUGCUUACCACUAUAUCCAUUUGAGUUCAUUCACAGAUCUAGGGUUACAAAACUCUAGAAUCUUCCACUCCUUGAACCCUCUAGACGCUCCUUUUCUUGCCCUUUAUCUCCUCCAUCGAAAUCCCAUCGCCGCCGCGUCUGAUUUCCAUAACGAGUACCUACCCUGUCUUACACUUCAAGUUCUCUGUUCUUCAGCAACAUUAAUGGCGAAAUAUGGAGAAGGGGAUAAGCGUUGGAUCGUUGAAGACAGACCAGACGGAGCGAAUGUUCACAACUGGCACUGGGCCGAGACCAAUUGCCUCGAAUGGUCCAGAAACUUACUGUCGAAGCUCCUCGCGGACCAAACAAUACUCGACGGAGAAGGGAACCUCUUCAUCAAGACAAAAAAGAUUGAAAAAGUGGAAGGAGAGGCUUACGUUAAUGUUCGAAAGGGGAAAAUUAUUCCAGGUUACGAGUUAAGCGUUUCAAUCAAUUGGCAAGGCGAGGCGCGAGAUGCUGAGGGGAAAUCUCUCUUGAUAGCCGAUGGAGUUGUUGAAAUUCCUUAUAUUGCGGAUGAAAACGCCGACGAGGAUCCUGAUCUUAGGGUUAUUGUGAAGGAUGAAGGUCCGAUCGGGAGGAGAUUGAAGGAUGCCUUCCUGGCGAAGGGGAAAGAUUUUGUUUUGAAACAGAUUCGGGUUUACGUCGAUGCCAUGGCAAAAGGUGGACCUGCAAAAGAUGAAUUGGAGGUGAAGAAGGUAACUUCCAAGCAAGCGGCAGCUCCUGUGUCGGCUCCACCGGUUGCUGCACCUGUCAAGAAGGUGGAGGAGAAGAAGGAGAAGAAGAAAGAAGGGUUUAAGACGAUUAAGCUGACAGAAAAGUUUAGCUGUAGGGCGAAAGAUAUGUUUGAGAUCUUGAUGGAUGACAACAGAUGGAAGGGUUUUACGCAAAGUAAUGCUAGAAUUAGCAAAGAGAUUGGUGGGGAGAUUAGUAUCUUCGAUGGAUCGGUUACUGGAACAAAUUUGGAGUUGCAGGAGGGCAAAUUGAUCGUUCAAAAAUGGAGGUUUGGAAGCUGGCCUGAUGGCAUCCACUCUACGGUUAGAUUGGUUUUAGAGGAGCCUGAACCUGGAGUCACGGUUGUGAAGUUGACACAGACUGAUGUUCCAGACGAAGACAGGUAUGGUAAUUCAACUGUGGUGGAGAACACAGAGAGAGGAUGGCGGGAUCUAAUUUUCCACAAGAUAAGAGCGGUUUUUGGGUUUGGUGUUUGAAAGGUGCACGACUUAAUUAAUGUAUUUGGUGAAAUGUAGAAUUAUCAAGUAUGAAAGUUGGAGUAAUAAAUUUGAUUAUUGUGGAUUGGUUGAAGGACACUGAAUAUUAUUGUGUCAAUCAUCAAUGCGUCGAAUUGAAUUUGUCUUUCUGUCAAAACUCUAAUGCUUUUGUGUUUGAACAUUACAACACAGUUGAUUUUGUGGGUUGGUUGUCUUUGU